AUGUCAUUAUCAAAUGCUACUAUAGCUGAAAUUAAUGCUCUUAAUUAUGCCAAUGAAGUGUUUUUCUUGUUUUGGACUUUUGCAUCAAUUGCUCUUGGUACAGUUGGUCAUUUGUUAAGCAUUUAUGUGUUUACACGUCCGAUACUUCGUUCAAAUCCAUGUGCAUGUUACUUUUUGGCUGCAACCGUGACUGGUUUAUUUGUUAGCUAUAUAAAUUUGCCACUGCGACUUCUUCAAUAUGUAUUCAAUUAUGACGUUUUUAAAUACUCAAAUGCAUCAUGCAAAAUUCUUUCAUGGAUUUUGUUUUGUUCACGAGCUCUGGCAUCAUGGUUUAUUGCUCUCGCUUCUAUCGACCGGUAA